AUGGUUUAAAACCCUCUUGACUUAAUGUAUAUUUAAUUGUAAAGAUAUUUGAUUAUAUAAAGGCGUUUUUAGUUUUUUUAAUCAUUCAGAAUUCAGUCUUAGACGGACAGUAUCCUACCAAUAUGAACAGCAUUGUACUUUCCGUUUUAUUGUGCGCUGCAGUGCUUAAUGCUCAGCCACUUGGUUUAGGCGGUAUGGGCCUUGGUCUAGGCGAGUUGGGUACAGGUGGCGUAGGUCUCAGUGGGAUGGGUAUGGGUACAGGACUUGGCGGCAUGGGAAUGGGACUUGGCGGUAUGGGUACCGGACUUGGCAGCAUGGGAAUGGGACUUGGUGGCAUGGGAACGGGCCUGGGAUUGGGUUUAGGAGGAAUGAGCGGUGGAUACACUAACGGUGCCGGCUACGGUGGACAGCAGUUCGGUAACGGAGCUAGUGGAAUUGGAAACCAGGGAUAUCAAACCUCAGGCCUUGGCGGUUAUCACAAUUUGGGGUCCCACAACAACAGGGUAUUAUCGGUCAAUCAAGUAGACAACUCCGGUUUCCACAACGUCGGUGGCGGCUCAGCGUUGAACAAUGCUGGUAUGGCUAAUAAUGGCUAUGGCGGAUACCAGAACGAUGGCUCCCUUAUGGGCAAUGGAUACGGCGCUGGCUCACAAGGAAUGAUGAUUUAAUGCCUGUGAUUUAGUAAAUUUAUUGAAUAAA